CCGAGCCGCACUGCAAAGAAUGGGAAAUAUUGCAUGCGUUUUGUGGUGCAAAUCCGAAGUAAUUAUGGAAACUGUAAAUCGCUAAGCUCAGGAAGAGGUGCAGUAAAGCUGGUUCGGGAUUAGUUUGUUGCACUGAAAUCCUGACUCUGUGGUGUAACAAGGAAGCGUUCUCCCGACUCUAAAUCAUGCCUCUUUGCCUUGGCCAGUUUAAGCCCACCUUUCGGGUUAAGCACCUUUGCCUCUGUUCAUCCGGGUGAACUGCGAUCGCACGCGAAAGUCUUGCCCCAGGGUGACGGGUGCCUCGACUCGCUCUCCUUGGUGCCGGCCCGCCCGCGCCACAUCUCCUCUUCCUACCUGUCCGAGAAACAUGGCUCGCUGACAUCAUGGAAACACCCGACGGCUGCCCGCGAAAGCGCGAGCGAACGCCGCCUUGGCGCUGAUCCGUCUGGAGAUUCCCCUUGGUCAGCGCCGCUGUCAAUCAACCGAGACGAUUCUUUGCCCUCUCCGGAACCUCCCUGGGAGGAACCAAGCUGGGGCUGGCCGAGAGGCUCCGCCCCUUUCUCGCCGCCGAAGGGAGUAGCAGGGAGCAGGCAGGUAGAGCUGCUUAGAGGGUGCAUCUUUGUGUUUGUCGCUCCCGCCCGCUUCGUUGUCGCGGCUGUCUGCCUGUCAGUGGCUUCUCUGACUCCUGGCUGUGCUUUGGCAGGUUGCUCAGAGGUGAGGAAAAGCCGCUUGGAUCUCGCUCCCUCCAAGCCCUGCCUGCGGUGGGGGCACAACCGCGGCUCGGAAGAGCUUACUUUAUAGCCCGACUGAUGCUUGCGAUCGCUGUCAGUUCCCAGGAAUUUCCUUUGAGCACCACGAGCACCGCUGGAAUGCAUUUGGAGAUGCGAUGACUCCUGCCUUUCUCUCCCAUGUCUUCUCGUUUUGUCGUUGAAUUGGUACAGAAGAAACUCUUUCGGAGACCAUGACUGAAGAAAAGAAUCUUGGUGUGUCUCAGAAAGUCUUGUCGCCUUCAAGAAGUACCAGUAGCUGCUCCUCUAAGCAGGGGAGUAGACAGGACAGCUGGGAAAUUGUAGAAGGACUGCGGGGAGCCAUGAAUUACACGCAGGAACCACCGAAACAGGAAGGCUACCUGCUGAAAAAGAGGAAAUGGCCUCUGAAAGGUUGGCACAAGAGAUGCUUCUUUCUGGAUAAAGGGAUUUUGAAGUAUGCAAAGAGCCCAGCUGACAUAGCGCGAGGGAAGCUGCAUGGGUGUAUAGACGUUGGGCUUUCAGUGAUGUCUGUGAAGAAGUCAACAAAAUGUAUAGAUUUGGAUACAGAAGAACACAUUUAUCAUUUAAAGGCAAAAUCUCAGGAAGUCUUUGACGAAUGGGUAGCAAAGCUACGCCAUCAUAGAAUGUAUCGUCAAAAUGAAAUUUCCAUGUUUCCGCAUGACAUCAACAACCAUUUCUUUCCAGCAUCAGCUUCUGUUACAGACUCCGUAACUGGCUUUCUGGAAUCCACGGCAAGCAGAAAGCGAGGCAGCAUGACUCAGCAGAAUUCAUUGCAGACUGGAAGUAGUUUGUCAUUCUCCUGCUCAAACAAUGACUCAAGGAUCCCACCUUGGCUGCAGUCUUCGGAGGAUAUGGAAAGAUGUUCAAAAGACCUCUCCCACUGUCAUAACUAUCUGCUGGAAAUGAGCCAGCUUCUGCAAAGCAUGGAAGUUCUCCACAGGACAUACUCAGCGCCCGCCAUAAAUGCCAUGCAGGGCAUCCCCUUUGAAAGUCCUAAAAAGGAAAAAAGAACACACAGGAGGUGGCGUUCCCGAGGUCUUAGUAAAGAUGCGAAAGGAAUGUUGCAGCCUAGCAAUCCCACCACCCCUUACCUUUUCCUUCCCCAUACCUCCAAUCCUCUGAAUUCAGCAAGGCAUUUAAUGAGGAGCAUGAGCACAUCCUUUCAGGUACCAACUGUUCUUUCUGCUCCAUUGAGACUGCACGCUUCCAACCCCAAUUUAUCCACAUUAGAUUUUGGCGAAGAGAAAAUUUACUCUAAUGGUUCCGAAACAACAUCGGAAUUCUCUAAAAUGCAAGAGGACUUGUGUCACAUAGCACACAAAGUGUACUUCACCUUAAAGUCGGCUUUCAGUACGAUCUCAACGGAGAGAGAGAAGCUGCAGCAGAUGUUUGAACAUGAUUCAGCCUCAUCUCCAUCUGCGCAAAUAGCUGGACUGAAGAAUGCCUUAUCAUCUGCCAUAGCACAAAACACAGAUCUUAAAGACCGGUUACGCAGAAUACAUGCCGAAUCUGUGCUUCUUGAUUCAGCAGCUAAUGCAAAAUCCAGCCCUGAUUUGGCAAAGGAAAACUCGGACGACGAGAACAGGGGUCUAGUUCACCAGCUUUCCAACGAAAGUCGGCUGUCUAUAACGGAUUCGCUCACCGAGUUUUUUGAUGCUCAGGAAGUCUUGCUGUCUGCCAGCUCUUCAGAAAACGAGGUAUCUGAUGAUGAUUCAUACGCCAGUGAUGUGAGUGAUAACAUCUCUGAAGACAACCUAAGUAACGACAUAGAGAAUGAAAGGCAAACCCUCGACAGUGUUCCCGACGACAGCUUGGAAUGCCAUUCCAAGCGGAGGACGUGUCUGCCGGCUCCGUGUCCCAACACUAGUAACAUCAGCCUCUGGAACAUUUUGCGGAACAACAUCGGGAAAGACCUCUCCAAGGUGGCCAUGCCAGUGGAGCUGAACGAACCGCUGAACACUUUGCAGCGCCUCUGCGAGGAAUUGGAGUACAGCGAGUUGUUGGAUAAAGCGGCACGUACGCCCAACCUGUUCGAGAGGAUGGUAUAUGUGGCUGCUUUUGCCGUAUCUGCUUAUGCAUCCAGUUACUACAGAGCUGGAAGUAAGCCUUUUAAUCCUGUGCUUGGAGAAACCUACGAAUGUAUCCGAGAAGAUAAAGGCUUUCAGUUUUUUGCUGAACAGGUCAGUCACCACCCACCUAUAUCUGCAUGUCAUGCUGAAUCUGAUAACUUUGUGUUUUGGCAAGAUAUCAGAUGGAAAAACAAAUUCUGGGGGAAAUCCAUGGAAAUAGUGCCAGUUGGUACAACACAUGUAAUUUUGCCAGCCUAUAACGACCAUUAUGAAUGGAAUAAGGUGACAUCUUGCAUUCAUAAUAUAUUAAGUGGACAGCGGUGGAUAGAACACUAUGGGGAGAUCAUAAUCAAGAAUCUGAAUGACCACAGCUGUCUCUGCAAACUUACUUUUGUAAAGACAAAAUACUGGAAUCACAAUGUACAUGAGAUUGAAGGAAAUGUUUUGGACAAAAAUGGGAAAGUAGUACAUCGUAUUUUUGGGAAAUGGCAUGAGAAUAUAUACUGCGGAACACCAUCUUCGCCAAAGUGCAUCUGGAGAGCAAAUCCAAUGCCAAAAGAUUAUGAACAGUGGUAUGGUUUCACACAGUUUGCAUUAGAAUUAAAUGAAUUGGACCCACUCACUAGGCCUCUGUUACCAUCUACUGAUACCCGAUUUAGACCAGACCAAAGGCUCCUAGAGGAAGGGAAUAUUGAAGGAGCAGAAAUGCAAAAACAAAGGAUUGAGCAGCUACAGAGAGAGCGGCGGAAAGUGCUAGAAGAAAACAAUAUGGAGCAUCAGCCUAGAUUUUUCAGGAAAUCUGAAGAUGACUCCUGGGUCAGCAAUGGAACUUAUCUAGAACUUAGAAAAAACCCUGGCUUUUCCAAGGUGGAUAAUGCUGUCUUAUGGUGAAAAAAAAACCGAAAAGGACAUUAUAGCUGCUGUAUCUCUGAUUAUAAGAAUGGAAAUGCUGCGUAUCACCAUAACCUUCUAGACUCCUGCUUGAUUUAGAUUUUUGACAAGCACAUUUGCGUUAUUCUGUUUGUCUUUUGCUAUUUUGAUAGUAACCAUGAUUUAUUUGAAUGUACCAAAAACUCUAAUUUUCUUGACAUAUAUAUUUAAUAAAUGAUGGUUGAAUGUUAUCUCUGAAAGGGGGGUGGGGUGGGGAGGAGAGAAGCUUUAACACUAUUUUUUUCCAAAGGAUAAUGCAAGUUCAGAUUUAAUGCCUUACUGAGUUCUGUGAUAAACAGUAUUGGCCAGGAACCUUCAGCCGCACUACAGUAACUGAAUGGAGGCAUCUGAUCCCACCCCACAAGAUGUCAGUAAGCUAACCAAAGCCAGAGUGAGUGUGUUUCUGUCUCUUACCUGAGAUUCCAUCUCGGUUACUGAUCUUUUUGGAAUCUUUUUUUGUGGUUUGGAUUUGCUUUGUUUUUGAGCACAUGGGCAGAGCAAUGCAUAAUACCACCAGUCGGGUUGGAUGAGAUGGAGGUGUUCCUUCACCCAGUUCUGCCUGGCUGUGCUGGGCACUGCUACCAUGGAGCGGCUAGCUGCACCCACCUCAACUGUGGAUAAGCGGAAGGCACUCCUGUGGAAUCCCUGCUGGCAGUAGCUGCUAUAUAUCCCCAAAUCAGUAGAAGAGCUGCAUAAGCUAAGGAUCGCUUGGAUCCUCAGCCAGUCCAGCCACCAGUUACUUGUGGAAACGGGCCCAAUCUGGGCCUCUCUGCUGUACCAGCCUGGAGCUGGUAUAAUAAGGAAGCAAAAUGGUUGUUGUCCCUACCCUAGCUGCCAUUGGGCUCUGGGAUGCAGCGGUCAGUCUUCACUGCUCUGUUUAGUAUCCCUUCCGUUGCAGCCUGCUGGCGGUCUGGAUCGCUCCUGUUCUUUUUACUCCAUUAGCUAACCUAUUCCAAGAAAGUAGUACUAAGCGGUAGUAGCAUUGAUAGUUCUACUGCCUUACAAGCAAGCAAAAGGACACAGACACUUAGGAACUUCUCUUAUCCCUUGUUGACCUUUACGGAAGCUGGACCACCGCAGACUUCAGCAGGGCUCGCACACUGGAAGUUGCAAGUGGAACGUGUCCCAGAUUUGUACAGUUGGCGUAUAUGAAUCGUGCUGUGUAGACUGAACUUUUGAGACACGGUCCAACCAAAGUUAGCGAUGGCUUAAUUCAUGUUAAAAUCCAAUAGAAAAGCUGUUAGUUGCGAGCAGCUACCUUUUCCUGGAAAGUACCAUUUGGUUAAAUGCAAUUUAGUGGUACUCCUAAACAGAGCUUGUGGGUAAAAAAAAUGACCAAAUGGAAAAGAAACACGGUUUUCUUUGGGGCUGGCGAUAUCUUUACAGAGCAUGGACUCUUUAUUUCACUAUUCUGGUUUGUUUUUAAUAAAAAGAUCCUGCUAGACAAUUUUUUUAAAAGCCCUCCUUUUUAACUAUUUGCAAAGUAGCUAAUUGUGGUUAAGAGACAGGUGUUUUCUGAAAUAAGAUUUCGGUAUUUUCUACCUCUUCUGAGCAGCACAUUUAUUAUCUUGUAUUAUUAAAAAAAACCAUCUGCCUUAGAUACAAUGUAUGGAAUAUAUGAUCUUCCUUUACCUGUUUAGUGUUUUAAGGUAAAUAUUUGUCUUGCACUAAAAUGGUUAUGUUUUUCCUA